UAGACUGCCUCUCCGCCCACCCUCAGUACCACAGCAAACCCCGCUGCAGAAGUGUUAUAAGCACAGGCUGGGAACUCCGCACCUUCAGUGUGUUCAGCGGACGUCUCCGAAGACUCACUCCAAUUCCUAAAUUGGUCGCCUACCCAGGCAUGGCAGACGGCUGUGUUCCGUCAUGGCAGUGCGACAUUACACCCUCGACUUCAAGCUCUCGGCGCCAGCUGACAUUCCUGCGACGGUGCGUGGCGUGCAGUCAAUAUUCCAGGAGCACGAAGUGACAGAGACCAUCCAUGACACCGAGGGACAUGGAUACCUGGCCACCUUCAUCGGCAAGAAUGGCAGGUUUGGAGUAUUCCGCGUGCACUCCCAUGGCCUGGUGACCUUCGACCUUCAGUGUUGCCAUGGCGACGACACAGCCCAAGUGGACAAUCUGUUAAAUGCACUGGAAAAGAAAAUGAAGACCCUCUUCUCUGGACGCAUCACGCGGGUUAAGAGGCUGCCUGCGCUGCGUCGCGGGGAGGACGUGGACUGCUAUUGGCCGACGGCGGACGGGCGUCUGGUGGAGUACGACAUAGACGAGGUGGUGUACGAGGAGGACUCCGCCUACCAGAACAUCAAAAUAAUGCACUCACGCCAGUUUGGCAACAUACUCAUACUCAACGGAGAUGUCAACCUGGCGGAAAGCGACCUCCCCUACACGCAGGCAAUCAUGGGGAGCGGGCGGGAGAACUAUGCGGGGAAGGAGGUGCUGAUCCUGGGAGGAGGAGACGGGGGCAUCCUGUGUGAGGUGGUGAAGCUCAAACCAAAGAUGAUCACCAUGGUCGAGAUCGACCAGCUGGUGAUUGACGGCUGUCGGAAGCACAUGAGGAAGACGUGUGGAAACGUUCUGGACAACCUGAAGGGAGACUGUUACGAGGUGCUAGUAGAAGAUUGCGUUCCUGUACUGAAGAAGUUUGCUCAGGAGGGCCGGACGUUUGACUACGUCAUCAACGACUUGACAGCUGUGCCCAUCUCCACGGCACCAGAGGAGGACUCUACCUGGGACUUCCUGAGACUGAUCCUGGACCUGUCCAUCAGAGUGCUGCGACCCACGGGGAAAUACUUCACCCAGGGUAACUGUGCCAACCUGACGGAGGCCCUGAGCCAGUACGAGGAGCUGUUGGGCAGGCUCUCCUGCCGGGUGGACUUCUCUAAAGAGGUGGUCUGUGUGCCCUCCUAUAUGGAGCUCUGGGUUUUCUAUACCAUCUGGAAAAAGUAGCAGCACCUUUCCCCCACCCCCUGAGUCCUAACCCCCCUUUCUGUAUUUCCUCCUCCCAUCUCUCUCUCUCUCUCUCUCUCUCUCUCUCUCUCUCUCUCUCUCUCUCUCUCUCUCUCUCUCUCUCUCUCUCUCCCUUUUCUUCCUCGUCAUUUCCCCUUCUUUAUCCCACUUUAUCACACACCUUUGACCCCAUGAAGAGGUGACAAUUAAUCCUUCGGGGCCCAGAGAGCUGAAGGGCCCAGUACCUCUGAACCUCGUCCCACGCCCGCGCCGACCACCCGUACCCUCGAUUUCCCCCAAACGCACUGAGAGACACCUGCACGCAUCAACAUGCACCCCCUUAGAGACUUGAGCCCCCCCCCCCAGCUUGCUUGCUUGUUUGCUCACGUGUCCAUCUAUUAGCUCGUCUGCUCUCCCUCUUUGUCUCCCCCAAAACCUGCCACACUUGUCUGUGUUUAUGUUCACACCUGUUUUUUUUUUUACUGUCACUAUUAUUACGGUAUUUCUCUUCAUAGCGUUGAUUACUUUUACUACGAUUUUUUUCUGAUAUUAUUACACCGAUUGUAUUUUUUGUUUGUGGUGUAGUUGCCUUUCAUUUGCCCUUUGUUUUUUUGAUUAUGUGGGAAGUGUGUGUGUGUGUGUGUGUGUGUGUGUGUGUGUGUGUGUGUGUGUGUGUGUGUGUGUGUGUGUGUGUGUGUGUGUGUGUGUGUGUGUGUGUGUGUGUGUGUGUGUGUGUGUGUGUGUGUGUGAGAGUGGUGAGAUGCGGUGCUACAGAGUGCACUGAAAGCCUUGGGAGUGGCAUUGGGGGCAGUCAGGACCUGCCUUUGGGUUGGAUCCAGAAGAAGAUCAGUAACAAGGAACCUGACUAUUUUCUUUCUUUUUUCAAAGAAAGCUGCUGAAAAAGGCAUGUGUGUGACAUGCCUUCCCAGGUCAGAUCGUAACCCUGCCCUGAGCAGAUCUCUGGGGAAUUCCAAGAAGCUGGUGCAGAGGUCAACCAAGUUAUGUUAACCUGGAGGUAGUGGUAAAUCAUCUAAUAGAGUAGCCCAGAGUCCUCAUUUUCUUAAUUGGACUGCAGGGUAUUACUAGGUUUACCCACUUCUUGUAGCCUGGUUCUCACCGGACGGUGUGUGUAGCUCCAGCGCCCCCUGGUGGAGCAGAGCUACAAACACUGCCGUCUGGUACACAGCCGGAGAGCACGGGUUGGCUUCAGCCAGAAAAUAGACGGAGCAGAGGCGCUGGAGCUACCCACACACGGUCUGGUGAGAACCAGGCUAUGGUUACCUUAGCCAGGCCUAUCACUUAACCAUACUCAUGGAAUAUGCCUCUGGGACUGGUCAGGGGUCUUGACCUAAUGCCAUGCUGUUACAUGAUUCCAACGUGUUUUGCGUGUGGGUGGUAUUCCCUUCAGGGGUGCAUUUCUCGAAACCAUAGUUGCUAACCUAUGUUAGCUACUUUGUUGUUUGCAAUGCAAUUUCCCAUUGGCAACUACCCCUAAGUUGCUAACUGGCUAGCGACUACACUUUCGAGAAACGCGCCCCUGAUCAGGUUCAUAACAGGGCGAGACCUGGUCCUUGGAUCGCCAAUUCCUGUUGAUGAGGGUUGUGGUUUGAUUGGUGGCACUCCAUAAGCGUGUACAUAAUGAUAAGCGUUGCAUUGUGGGUAAGCCAGGAGCCCUGAGCCUCGGAUCACCGCCCACUGAAACUGAAGUGUCCAAAAAAAGAAGAACCCCCCAAAAAAUGGUUUAAAAGGGAAGAAAAAGGGCACAACAGGUUUUCACGUUUUGUUCCGUAGAUUUUCUCGCUCUUUCUUUUUUGCAUAACUGUGAAGAAUGUUUUACCUUUUUAAAUGAUUUGCGCCCUCUUAGUUGGUUUCCCUGCUUGAUGUUGUUUUAGGCUUUCUUUUUAUCCCCAAUUGAACAGUUGGGCGCAUGUUUUUUGAAGAAAGGUUUUUACUGAAUGUAGCUUGCAAACACACACUCAUUCAUGCCUUUUUACUCUUACAUGGUGCUUUGAUAAACUAUUUAUUUUGACAGAUUUUCACCAAAUAUUGUUUUCCCCCAAAACAGUGGAACGCCUGUUUGAGACCUUGAUAUUAAAAAAAAUCUUGUGGAGAGA